CAAAAUGGCUAGAAAUACAAAAAAUGUUGCCGAUAAAAGUUUGAAGAAAAAAACACAACCAACAGCAACAACUACUGUAGCGGCAGCAACAAAACCGGAUAUGAGUAAAAAACAAAGCACAAAAAGCUCGAAACAAGAUAAUGAUAAAUAUAAAACAAUUAAACAACAACAACAGCAGCAGCAGCAACAGCAACAGCAUCAACAAAAUUUUUCGACAAAAAAAUCCAAAGAUAGUGCUUCUAUCAAGAAUCGAAAAGAUAAAAGUUAUAAGAAAUCAAAAACAGAAAGUAUAAAAAAGAAAAAACCGGAUAAACCAAAACCUAAAAUGGUAUCAACAAAACAACAGGAUACUGUGGAAAAAUCAUCAGGAUCAGCUAAACCUAUUGAAACAACAACGGUUAAACAAAAAUCUGAAGGAAAACCACCACCACCACCAACACCACCACCACAAAAGAAAUUAAAUAAAAGUGGUAAAAGUAGUAAAAAAGAUAAAUCAACAAAAGUACCGAAAGAUCAAUCGGCACAAACUAAACAACAACAGCAGCAACAGCAACAACCGCCGAAAUCAUCUGAAGAAUCAUCCGGUAUUGAACAACCAUCUUCUGAUUAUGAUGAUGCAAAAGAAAUGUCAACAUCAACAGCAACGCCACCAACACCUCCGAAAACGACAGAAGAAACAAUCACAACAGCGACAACAACAACAACAACAACAAAACAAGAAUCCACACCACCAACACCGCCGACACCACCACCACCACCACCCACACCGGUUACGGAAAAAGUACAAUUGAAACCGAAAAAAGGCUGUAGCCCUACCAUUGGUACUAGUGAAAGGAUUACAAAAGUUGAAUUUGAAUCAUUAAAUGAUGAGAUAAAUGAACUAAAUUCUGGUGUAAAUACAUUAAAACAUUCAUAUGGUAGUAUAAUUAAAUCGUUGAUUGCAAUGCAAAAUAAACGAUUAUUGAAGAAAAAAAUUGCCAAACAACAACAACAACAACAACAACAUCAUCAUCAACAAAUGACAACAACAUUAGGUGAUGUGAAAAAGAUUAAUUUUUUGACAACAUUAUCAACAAUGGAUCCAAAACAAAAAGAAGAGAUGUCAGAAUCAUCAUCAUCAAAUAAUGAUAAAUUUAAUAUUGAAAAUUUUCUUAAUCCAAUUACACGUGAGAAUACAUUCCAGAUGUUAUUUAAUGAGGUUGAAGAUUUGAAUAAACGUACUGAACAUUUACGUACAAAUUUCUAUGAUCGUCGUGGAAAUUUUCUUCGUGCUAAAUAUGAUCAAUCUGAUUAUCAUUUGGAUAGAAAAAAAUUUAAUCAUUUAAAAUUAUGGACUAAAAAUCUAUUGUCAAUUGUCAAUGAAUUAGCUCGUAAUUAUAAUGAUGAUUUACUCAACAUGUUUCGUUUGGUUUAAAUGGUGGUGGUAGUGGUGCUGGUGGUGGUACUUUACUUUGCUGGUCCGAAAUUCUUUUUUUUUUUUAAUGAAUGACACACACACACACAUAUAUGGAUCAGACGACUAAAGACAUGGACGGAAGGAAAUCAAAAAUUCCUGAAUGAAUAUAUAUACUACCCACCACCACCCCAAUCACCAACAACAAAAUAUAUCAACAAUCAUCAUUAAUGUGUUGUGUGCUUGUAUUAUGUGUUAUAAUUCUGUUGUUGUUGUUUUUUUUUUUU